GGUCGUUAAUCAGUUGACGGUUUGGUUUCAUGUGAGUAGCAUGGCGUCUGUAAAUCCGAGAGGAAGCUGGGCUUCUAAAACGGAAUUUAUUUUGUCGUGCAUGGGUUACGCAAUUGGAAUCGGAAACGUCUGGCGGUUUCCGUAUCUUUGCUACAGAAGUGGCGGCGGAGCAUUUUUAGUGCCUUACCUGUUGAUGCUGUUUCUAUGUGGAAUUCCGUUGUUCUUUCUUGAAGUGUGUCUGGGACAAUUUUCCGGAACGGGAUGUGUGACAGUGUUUAACAUAGUUCCACUACUGAAGGGUGCGGGGCUGGCAAUUGUAGUGAUCAACUUCAUAUGCACUGCAUACUAUAACGUGAUCAUUGCUUAUCCGAUUCUGUUUUUGUGGAAAUCGCUUCGGGCUCAGCUCCCAUGGGAGAACUGUCAAAAUCCUUGGAACACACCGAGAUGUCUAGAACUGAACGGCCCCGAUGAUCUAGAGGUGCUGAUGAAUAACAGUAUGUUGGCACCGUCGGAACGAAUGCGGACUCCUGCAGAUGAAUUCUUCCACAACGAUAUCCUUCAAAUAUCGGACGGGAUCGAUUCUCCCGGUCACAUAGUGCGGCCACUGCUGGUCUGUGACGUGAUCGCAUGGUUAGUGAUCUUUGCCUGCCUCGUCAAUGGAGUGAAAUCCGUCGGCAAGGUGGUGUACUUCACGGCAACCUUUCCGUUCGUGAUUCUCGCCGUUUUGUUCGUUCGUGGUAUGACCCUACCGGGGGCGAUGGAAGGUGUUCGGUUCUACAUUAUGCCUAAGUGGAACGAACUGAGCAAUCUGAAGGUUUGGGCAGAUGCGGCGAUUCAGAUUUUUUUCUCACUUGGACCCGGAUGGGGAGGAAUAGUUAACAUGGCCAGCUACAACCAGUUUAAAAACAAUACCAAAUUCGAUGCGAUAUUGAUUCCGAUCGUGAACUGUGGAACUAGCAUCUUUGCGGGGUUCGUAGUGUUUUCGGUGUUAGGAUACUUAUCACAUCAAACCGGACUUCCGGUGUCUACUGUUGCCACCGGCGGACCUGGGUUGGCCUUUGUUACCUAUCCAGAAGCCAUCGGCAUGCUGCCAUUCCCACAGCUUUGGGCCUGCUUGUUCUUCGUGAUGCUGUUUUUACUGGGCGUCGAUAGUAUGUUUGUACAAAUCGAAGCUGUUCUAUCAUCGGUGGUUGAUGUCUACCCAAAGCUGAGAAUUCACAAGCGUUGGAUUACAUUCGGGACAUGCUUUUCGAUGUUUCUGUUAUCGAUUUUGUUUACGACCCAGGGAGGAAUGUACUUGCUGCAAUUGUUCGAUUGGUACGCGGCCUCGAUUUCUGUCAUUUUAGUGUGUAUAGUGGAAAUUGUGGCCGUAGCAUGGAUCUACGGUGUCCACGAGUAUGUACGGGAUAUUGAAUUUAUGAUCGGUAAACGGAUCGAGUGGUACUGGAUAGUCGCUUGGAAGUACAUUACACCGCUUAUACUAAUAUUUAUUUUCUUCACAACUAUUGCGUACAACACGGAAAUUACCUACAAUGGAGUGUCCUACCCUCGGUGGGCAAUCGUGUUAGGUUGGGCUAGUUGCUCAGUGUCGAUGGUGUGCAUUCCAGGAUUCGCAAUCUAUAAGCUUGUUCGAACUAAGGGAUCCAUCCUUGAGAGAUUUAAACAAAAUUUUGUACCGAACGACUGGGGCCCAGCAGAUGAAUUGCAGAGAACCAUUUGGAGAAAUCACAUAGAGAUGAUAGCUGGAGAGAUAAAGGAUAAAUGUAUGCAGCUUUAAGCCGAAAUCAAGAUCGGUUCAUGUCGUAAAGUGAGACUUAUCGUUUGUCGUUAAUCAGGCUAUUAUUGGUGUAUUUAGAUUGUCUUGUUAUUUUGUAAACUAUUGCGCUAGUUUCAUAAAAAGCACUGGUUGUAAUUGGUUUUGUCUUUUAAGCGAUCUCUUUUCGAU